AUUGAUUUUCUGGUCUCCCUAUUACAGCUGGUCCUCGAGAAUAAUUAUUUUCUCUUUAAUGAUGAAUUUUUUUUACAGAAAAGAGGGACCGCAAUGGGGAGCAACACUGCGCCUACAUACGCAAAUAUAUAUAUGGCGCAUUUUGAGGAGAUGUACGUCUAUGUGUCGCACCACUUCAGGCAUGUCCUGGGGUGGUGGCGAUACAUAGACGACAUCUUCCUCAUUUGGAGUGGGGGAGUGUCUGAAUUACUCUCUUUUCAGGACUAUCUGAAUGAUGUCAUAACAAGUAUUAAGUUUACUCUCACACAUUCUUAUGAGUCCAUUAAUUUUCUGGAUGUACUGGUCAGAGUUGAAAAUGGUGGUCUGACCACUGACUUGUACAUUAAACCGACUGAUUGUAACAUGUUAUUGAAAUUUGAGAGCUGUCACCCAAGACCUAUGGUUAACUCCUUGCCCUUCAGCCAGAUGCUGAGGGCAAGGAGGAUUACAGACACAAAAGAUAAAUUGGAAACGGCAUUGAAAAGGAUGACUGACAAUUUUGCCAAGAGGGGUUACCCCAGGGAUUUGGUACAGAGACAUAGAACCCAUGUGGAACAAAUGGAGGAGGUACCAGAGAGAAGGAUUAAGAAUGACACACGGGUGCCUUUUGUAACCACCUAUAGUGAGGACUCUAAGGCUAUAGGCAGUAUUAUCAGAAAACAUUGGCACAUUAUACAGGAUUGUUGUAAUAUUUCUGAAUUUAACUCUUACCCCCUUUUAUCCUAUAGAAGACAAACAAAUCUAAAAGACAGACUGGUUAAGGCGGACAUUUCUCAGAAAAAAGGUGGCACACAGAGGUGGAUCGGGGGAAUUCUAGAACACUCAUCUGAUGACUUAGUUUUAUAUUUGUAUAAUUAUCAAUAUAAGAAAUAA